AGUGUAAUGUUAAACAAAACCAAAUUGUUUUAACACAGAACUACGUAAUUUAAGAAUAUCAAACUACAGGUGCUCCCAACGCAGAAGUGGCCGCAGAGAACUUUCGAGCGCUCCCGGGGUCCCGGCCCAAAGGCGGGGAGGAGACGCCUCCAUUGGCCGGCCCCGCGGCAUCACGGGAGCUUGUCUUGCGCUGGGGCCGCUGCCGGCUUUCCGCGCACCUGCCCUGCGCAGCCUCCCAGGCGUUCUUUUGGAGAAGGGACUCCUGAGGAGUUUAGGUUUCGUUUUCCCUUGUGGAAGGUCGAUGUUCCCGGUGUAAAUGCGGAGUUUCCCUAAAGUGAGACCCGUGGGACUCCACUCAGUCCCCGAGAGCCCGGAACCACCGGUCGGAGCACCGCGUUCCCUUAGUGCCCUCAUUAACGAUCACUUACGCGCCCACGGCUCUGGAAUACCCGAGGCCUUUUGGCUGCGAACAACGGGAAGAGCAUUUCCGGUACCUGUUGCCACGGCGCCGGCCCAGUGGGCCUAAGGGGGCGAAGUUAUUGGCGUCCUCUCCCCGCUUUCUGGGGGUAGAGAUGUCGGGGCUCAGCUACUCAGAGAUGGAGGGCUGUCGUAACCUGCUCGGUCUGUUGGACAACGACGAGAUCAUGGCCCUAUGCGACACCAUCACCAACCGCCAGGUGCAGCCGGAGGACCGCCAAGAUGCCAUUCAUGCAAUAUUAGUGUACAGUCAAAGUGUCGAAGAACUUUUGAGGCGUAAAAAAGUCCACCGAGAAAUCAUAUUUAAGUACUUGGCAACACAGGGGGUUAUUAUACCUCCAGCUACUGAAAAACACAAUCUUAUUCAGCAUGCAAAGGAUUACUGGAAAAAGCAGUCACAAUUGAAAUUGAAGGAAACGCCAGAGCCAGUUAAGACAGAGGACAUUAGACUCUUUGAACAGGAGAAAGAAGAUAAAAAAGCUGAAAACGUUGAUUUUCGUCGAUUAGGUGAAGAAUUCUGUCACUGGUUCUUUGAACUUCUUAAUUCUCAGAAUCCUCUUCUGGGACCACCUCAAGAUGAAUGGGGGCCACAGCACUUCUGGCAUGAUGUCAAGCUUAGGUUUUAUUACAACACAUCUGAACAAAAUGUGAUAGACUACCAUGGAGCAGAAAUUGUGAGCCUUCGUCUGCUGUCACUAGUGAAAGAAGAAUAUCUUUUUCUCAGUCCCAACCUAGAUUCCCAUGGACUGAAAUGUGCUUCUUCUCCCCAUGGUCUAGUUAUGGUUGGAGUUGCUGGGACUGUCCACCGAGAGAACACUUGUUUGGGCAUUUUUGAACAAAUUUUUGGACUCAUCCGCUGCCCUUUUGUGGAGAAUACUUGGAAAAUCAAAUUUAUCAACCUGAGAAUUAUUGGAGAGAGUUCCCUUGCUCCUGGAACAUUAAUGAAACCAGCUAUUACACUUGAACCAAGUGAUCUAGAAGCCUUUUAUAAUGUAAACACUUUGUGUGGUCCAGUGAAGGAUGACUCAGUGUAAGGCAGGCAUUGGAUAGUGAGACUGGAGACCAAACUUUAUCUAGUGGAAAUGAGGCACUGUUGAACAAAAGAGAACUAAUUUUACCUAGCCCUUGAAGCACUGAGUACUAUAUUUCAGUCUGAAAAAUCUUCUAUACAGAAAUUCUUCCAAAUACUACAUCAGUAAUGUCUAAGUGAUUUCAGAUUUGGGGAUUGACAUAUUUUAGUUGAAAUGUCUUUCUUGACUACAGACUAACAUGUUAUGUGAACACUUGCCUCUUUCUACUUGAGUUGCAGCAAAUGUUCUGAAGGCUUCAUGCAAUUCAUCAAAUAAAUCCCACUUUAGAUGUAACUAACUGUGUGCCUUAGAAACCAGUUAAUAUUUUCAUUUUACUUGGUGGAUAUUCUGCUAAUAUCUGUACUUGUCAUGCGGGAAAAAAUUAAUAGUGUUCAAGGCUUCCCCUUUUAAUUUUCUCAUUUACUUUUGUCUAAAUCUGGGUAAUUUUACAAAUGCAUCUCAUGACAGUAUUGCUUAAAAAAUACAAAUUUUAGAGAUGUUUACUGUAAACUCAGUAAAUGAGUAAGCUCACUUUCUAAAAUGAGUAAACUCAUUUUAGAAAACUUGAAUGACAUUCUUAUACAAAAAGUCCAGUAAUUUAGCUGGUAGAAAAAAAUCUAAUUUGCCUUUCAAAAUAUUUGAGGAACAUUUUUCAGAGUUAUCUGCUGUUGUCCAAGCUAAAUAUCUUAAAAUCUGCAACACUUUCUGAACAAUUUUGGGCAAUGGUAAGUGCUGUUCUCAAAACAGACUUUUUUCUUUAUCUAAAGUUUCGGCUAACAGUUUUAUAGAGCAUUUAUUGUAAUAGCAUAUAAAGGAAACAUACUAUUGAAAAUUUUUUUAAAGGUUUGCCCAGUUCCUAAUUUAAAUGAGUUACUGUGUUUUCUCUUGAAUGAUUUUAGAAGAGGUGACCAAAAAAAAAAAAAAAACAUAUAUUGAGAUAUACUCCCACAUCAUAAAUUAAAAUUAUUAGGAUUUUUUUAACCUCUUAAUUUGUUUUACUAGAUUUGAGUUACCAGGUUAAGUUGCCAGGUUACACAGUUGGUUUCAAGUUUAAAUUCCUCAUCACCCAGCAGCUACUUGCUGAAUCUGAAUUUAAUUAGUAAUUUUAAUUUACAAAAAUCCCAUUUGGAAAAAAUUCAACUGGGAAAUGUGAUGAGGUAUUGUUCAUAUUAAUUUUUUUAACUUUAACUCUGCUCAUGACCAUCUAGGGUAACUGAUAAAAUUUUGGAAGCAGGAGGAAAAUAUUAAUCUUUUUUUUUUUUUAGUCCUAUGCCUCUUACGAGGAGUACAAAUUGGUAUGUCCUAAAAUAAGAACUUAAUAAAGAAGGGAAAUCCCUUUUUCUGCUGUAAGAAUAGUUUUUUGUUUCGAUUUAAACCUGUUAUCUUUUUCUUUAAGUUUGAAGUAUCAUUAUAGCAUGUUAUCGAUAAAUAUACAAAGUAAAGGAUAAAAUUUGAAAUUAUUCCCAUCAGUUUUCUUUGUGCUAUUGAUGUCAAGUAUUAUUAUCAAGAAAUAAUACCAAAGAUGCUCAGGAUGGGCAGAAAUUACCUGUAGAUAUGUUCAGUACUGAAUUUUUGAAUGUGUAAUGCUCAAGGAAGGCUGUAAUCUGCAUGUUCUUUUAAUCACCCUUAAAAAUGUGAAAUCUUUCCGAUAGACCAAAUGAGAAUUAGAGCUAUAUUUUAUUUCCUUUGAAUCCCCACCGCUGGGCACACAGUAGGACCUAAUGUCUAAGUGAAUGGGUGAAUGAAUGAGCAAAAGAAGCUUAUAUACUGUAUAAAAGACUUUUUUGCAUGUAGAUUUUGUCUUUGGCUCUAGUCAUUAGUGGUGGUUUUGGGGUUAUAUCAUGUUUGACUUUAAUACGUGAAUACACAAACUUUUAGACCCCAAACUAAGAUUUAGGAUAAUUUUAACUUUCCAUUAAAAUUCACUGACUUUCAAAAGCCCAAGGUCAGAGUAGGAUAUACUGGAGGGCCCUAAGAUACCUAGAAACCAUUAUAAGGGAAGUGUAUACUUCCUGUUCAGAGAAAGAAGACCUAGAAGAACUGAAAUUUGCUCAUGAAGCUUAAAGCUUGGUCAGGCCUUUGAGAAGGUCCAAAAGCACAGUGCAGAUUGAACGCUACUUUUACUACCACUCACUACUCUGUUUAUGUUAGGGAAUAGUAGAGACUAUAGCUUUGUCUAGUACUUCAUUAUACUCAGCUGGUAUUUGUGAAGUUUGUGGAGUAAAGUAGUAAAGAAUACAACUAACUCCACACAUAAUUCAUAGUAAUUGGGUGGUCAAACCAGGGGACACCCGAUCUUUAUUUACUGGAGGCUGAUUUGCUAUAGCCAACAGUAUACAUCAAUAUCCUUUUUUGUUAAAAACUUAAAAGUAAUAGUUGUAUUGGGAUGUUUUACUAAUAUCCAGAAUACCAAAAAACGUAUUUCAUGUGUCUUACUAAAAUACCAAAUAAUAGAAAAAAAGCCGUAUCUAAUUUAUUAAAUCAACUUGAAAAUGGCAAACAGGAAAACAUUCUUGAGUUUUCAGAAAGGCAACAUUUUUAUGCUAAAGGAAGGCUACUUAGUCCCAGUAAGAAAUUGUAAUAGCACCCCAGAAAAGGAUUUAAAGAAUAAUGGUUUAACUAAAUGAGAUAAUCAGAAACAUUGUGUUUUAACAAAAUGGCUCUUGUGGCUUAAAAGGUCAUAAAAAUGAGUGAACCAUACCUUGAUGUUUUUCUCACCAUCUAUUUUCACAAAUUUAGAUUCCCUUUUCACUGCUUUUUUGGGUUGCAGGGGAUAGUCAUUGACCUUUUGAAAAAGAGAGCUAUAUUCUUUCUAGAAAAAAUAUGUUUGCAUAUAGUAUUACAAUUUUUGCAUAUUUCAUUGAGUUCUUGGACUUCCCUGAAGCACAUCUGUGAGUCCUAACAGGGAUCCUUCUGCUCCAUAUUCAAAUCCUGCCGUAAUAAUUUUAUUUCCCCCAGACUACUACUCUACUGUGUUAAAAAUUAAAAUUAUUUUUAGAAACUUUUGUGCCCUUGCCAGAGUCCUUAAGCUAGAGGACUAAAUUUUACGAACGAAAGAAUAAUCUCUAGAAAGUCUGUCAGUUUAUGAUAGUUGUUUGUAUUUUGUUUUUCAAUAGAUGUUAGCUAUUAAGGCGAAACCUACUGCAGUACUGUCAAGUGUAACAUGAAUGCAGAAUUCAUUUUAUUUGGACAAGACAAGUUCAAUGAACAUGCUUUGGAGAAAGUGAUAAAAAUGUGAAAAAAACAUUAAUGUUCUUAAGAUCUUUACAAAACUUUAUCCUAAGGAGAUGUCUAUUUGGUAAUGUUUGCAUAUUGCUAAUUCUAAUGAAAGAUUUUAAAAAUAUGAACAUUUCUUCUGAAGGGUCUAUAUUUGUGAUCAGCUCCCUCCCCCUCUCCUCCCCAACCCUAUUUAUAACCUUUGUAUAUAGCCAGUUUGAAGGUACACAGCCCAGCUGUAAUGCUGGGAAAUAAGACUUAUGGAUCUGGGUUCUCUUCAAGUUUAUAUGCAUAUAUUUAUUGAGCAUCUACAAUCUGUAAGUCACUGAAUCAAAUAUAAGAUAAAAUAAUACAUCAAUAAGUUGAUUUACCUCAACUUCUCAUGUUGAAUUCAAAUCUCAGUCUCUGGGUUUAGAUAUCUUAAAGUGAGAGCUACAUUAGGCCCUUUGCUAGAGUUGGAAGGAAAAUAAUUUCAGAACUGUGUCAGAGUGCACUAAAUCCUUUCAGCUUUACUUUUUCUAGUUUGAACCUUUCCUGUAGUCUUUCAGUAAAGUAAUAUUAAAAUUGACUAUGAUGUUUACUGUGAGUUAUAAAAGCCUAUUUUUUCUUGCACUUUAUUUUCAGUCUGACUUUUGCUACUCCCUUAUUUUGAAAGAAUUUAAACUCGAUUCCUCAUUUCCUCACAUGUAAAAAUGAACCAGUUAGAUGAUUUCUAAGAUCUGGAACAAUUUUGUUACAGGUUACACGAUUUUGUGAUUGUAUGCCUUCUCAGCAACUUAAGAAUAUUACUUUCAAAUGAAUUUGUAGUUCAUUAUUAAGGAAAUUCUUUUAUUAUUUUGCUUCCUCAUAAAUCAUGCUCAUUGAAAAAACAAAGAAUGAAAAAUGUGUUUUUCAAUCAUUUUUAAGGAUAUGUGUAUAGUAUGUUUCUAUUUACAGAGGAAAUAAAAAGAUUAAAAAAUUACAGAUCAUAUCUAGAAUAGAAAAGGGAAAAGUAUGAAGCCUUUAAAAUACUGUCCUACUUUCUAAUCACUAGAAAUGCUUAAGUUGUUUGAAAAAUUGAUGUUCUGUACAACUUUUUUGCUUUGUUGCAUAUGGUUAAAAUAUAUGUCCAUGUUUUAGUCAAGAAGAGUGUAAAGUGGUUGACAGAAGGCCAAAUUAUAGACUGACAGCAAUCCCUAGUAAAAAUAAAGAUGUUAAUAAAAUAA